UUUGUGAAUUCAGCUGAUGAGCUUUUUGGACCAAUCACAUCCAUCCGGCAUCACAGACGUGUCACAAAGCAUAUCCCAUGGACCGUGUUUAGCCUUAAGUCAUCAGACUGGGAGCGCAUGAAUGAUACUCGAGUUAUGAUAUCACAACACCCACUAACAUUUUCUUGGGACGCCAAUGACAUCCAACAAUACUUCUCUUCUGAACACCUGCCAACACUAUGGCGUGCAAUACCUGCUAUGGAGGAACUGCAAAUGGCUUGGGAAUCAAAGUGUGGACUUAUACAAUUCACGUUGUACAAGGAAGCCCUUCAACAUGGUCUCACAAAGAUCACAAAGUAUUACAACAAGUUGGAUGAUAAGCCGGUCUAUGUUCUUGCCCUUGUGCUGCACCCAUACUACAAACUCGCAUAUAUCAAGAUGGCGUGGGGAGGUCCUGAAGAACAAGCCAGAGAGCAUGCUGCAGGAAAUCAAAACGCCAAAGACUGGCAUGAUGAAGCGCUCAAGGUAGUUGAAAAGAUGAUGGAGGAGUAUUGGGACUUGCACCAACCACUUCCCACAAGCUUGGGAACUGGUGAUACUACUAAUGCUGAUGGUGACUCGACCGUUGAGUCUGAGUAUGACCAACAUCGCCACAUGUUAGUUCAGCAGGCCAUCUAUGAGCACAAUGCUGGAUGGGCAGCCGAGCUUCGCCAUUACCUCAAAGACAUGCCAGAGGAUGUUACGAAGGAUACCGACAUCAUUCAGUGGUGGUCGGUGAGUUUAUUUAGUAUGUUUACUAUUCUUUUUUAA